GUAUAUACAUUUUUAAUACUUAAGUUUUCUUGGAAAAAAUAACUUUUGUUCCCCCCGUGAUAAAAAAAAAAAAAAACAAUCUUAAAAAACUGACUUCCAGAAAAGAACAUGUAAAAAUACUCAUCUUAAAUGUUAUUUUCUUUGAAAAAAAAAAUGCAUGUGUCCAAAACAAAGUCUGACCUUAUUCUUGUUUACAUUUCGACAAUUAUCAUUGUAGUAUUAUUGUUCUUUUCAGUGUGGGCCGUAAUACUCUACAGUACACAUUUAUCGUGUGUGUUUUAUAAAAAAUUCACAUGAAGCUGAGCACUCACAAGAAAGAGACUUUUCCUGAAGUGUGUUUUUUUUUCCUCUUGAAAUGCUGUUUUUCUGCAUCAUAUCUUUUAAGUGCCUGAUCAGUCAGUACAAGCUGAAGUGUAAUCGCCUUCCCCGACUCUGCUGUCUCUUGACCAUUUCUGCGACAUUUCAAGUGCCAGCGCGUUACCGGGAGUGAGCUGGAGUUUUUGCCGAUGGGAAUUUGUGAAUUAUCUCUUUUCAAUAUGUCAAUAAAGUCGUUUUGGAAGGAUAACAGCAAAUAUCUCUCUUAUUGCACCUGAUUGGUCAGAAGGGAAAACCGCAGGCUUUACCUUGCGGAUUUGAUUUGAUCGACUCGCCCAUUUUGGCCUAUUUGUCAUUGGUGUGAGCUGGAGUUGAUCCCAGCUGCCUUGAAACAACAAGCAGGUUCCACACAGGAUUGGUCAAUAGCCAAUUGCCUGCUACACAAACAACCAUUCACAAUUGGUUUCACACCUUGGGACAAUUUUGAGUCUGAGUGAACCUACACGCAUGUUUUGGGGGAUCGGUGAGGAAGCCGCCACCUCGACAGGAUCUAAUCACAUGCUCGGACUUUCAGACACGAUCAAGAGUGGAAGAGGGAGUCAUGUGGUGGUUCCAGCAGGGCCUCAGCUUCCUGCCCACCCUUCUGGUGGUGUGGACGGCGUCGGCGUUCGUCUUCACCUACAUCACGGCGGUGGUCCUAAGACACGUAGACCCUCUGGUGCCCUACAUAAGUGACACGGGAGCGAUGGCGCCAGAGAGGUGCGUGUUUGGCAUCAUGCUGGACGUCUCGGCCUUUUUAGGCAUGGCCACCGUGUACGUGCGCUACAAACAAGUGGAGACGCUUAUGAGCAGCGAUGACACAUUCGUACACAGACUAAACCGCUACGGGCUGCUGCUGGGCCUCUUCAGCUCCUUGGGCAUGUGCGUGGUGGCUAACUUUCAGAAGACCACGCUGUUCUCGGUUCACCUGCUGGGCGCCGUGCUGACGUUGGGCGUGGGCGCUCUGUACAUCCUGGCGCAGACGCUGCUGUCGCACCGCAUGCAGCCGCACGUCCACAGCGCGGGGAUCUUCCACGUCCGCCUCGCCGUGGCGCUGUGGACCUUCGCAAGCAUCUUCACCAUGUUUGUGUCGUCCGUCGUCAUGUACAGCAGCCUGCCCGGAGUGGACAUCGCCCGCAAGUUGCACUGGUCGCCCGGAGAGACGGGCUUCACAGCUCACAUCAUCAGCACGACGUGCGAGUGGUCCCUGGCAUUGUCCUUCAUCAGCUUCUUCCUGACGUACAUACGAGACUUCCAGAAAAUUAAGCUCCGAGCCGAAGUGGUGGUGCAGUGCGACCAUUUGUACGACUGGCCGCCAGGGAGCUUCGCCGCCGCCGAUAUCCCCGACAAACCCGAAGCCUCCGAGUCAUCGCCGCUAUUGCCGGGAGCAACGUGACCCCGACAAGGUACUAAAAACGGAACACCAAUACGAUUUUUUACAAGCAGCUUUCACUUUCUGUGCCCUUUCUUAUUUAGCCACUUAUGACAGAAAAAGUUUUGAGAGCACUUGUUGCGGCGAGCCGUCCUCACGAGAAUGGCAACGUCAGUGAAGCCUUCUUCACUUCACACGUGGUCCAUUGGAAGAAAUGGAAAGAGGCUGGGUAUGUUGAAUGGGGGCGGGAAAAAUAAAGUAGAACGACUCACCUUUUGAAGCCACUUGGGAACAUUAUUUUGUCGCUCUUUGGUUAAUUUUACAUCCUCUUUUGUCACAGGAAAAAAAA